GGGCAGAGCUUAGCGAGUAGCAGUGGCGGAGAAAAGAGAUGAGCUUCUCGGGACUGGUCACCCACCUCGCCUCACCACCGCCUCCCGAUCCCUCCGCCCACUCCGAGCCACAGCCCACCGGAUAACGCCUCCCGCAACCCUCCAAAGCCCCCCACCGCUCUCUCACCCCCACCCAUAAACCCCCGCUGCCCAGAUCCUCCUCGCCCCUCCUCCCUCCGCCCCGUCGCCGCGCCGCCGCCAUGCAUCCCGACGCCACCUCCCCCUCGCACCGCAUCGCCCGCGUCGCCGCGCACCUCAACCCCACACGCCCGCAGAUGGAGGAGGGCGGCGCGGCGCUGAGGCCCGCGGCGUGCCGCGCCAAGGGCGGCGCCCCGGGGUUCAAGGUGGCCGUGGUGGGCGCGGCCGGGGGGAUCGGCCAGUCGCUGUCGCUGCUCAUGAAGAUGAACCCGCUCGUCUCCGUGCUCCACCUCUACGACGUCGUCAACACGCCCGGGGUCACCGCCGACGUCAGCCACAUGGACACCAGCGCCGUGGUGCGUGGCUUCAUUGGCCAACAACAGCUUGAGGCAGCACUUACAGGAAUGGAUCUUGUCAUCAUCCCUGCCGGCCUCCCAAGAAAACCAGGAAUGACAAGGGAUGAUCUGUUCAACAAAAAUGCUGGGAUCGUUCGCUCGAUCUGUGAAGGCGUUGCCAAGAGCUGUCCUAAUGCAAUUGUGAAUUUGAUCAGCAACCCUGUGAACUCAACCGUCCCCAUUGCUGCGGAGGUUUUCAAGAGAGCCGGAACUUACUGUCCCAAGCGUCUCCUUGGAGUGACAACACUUGACGUAGCGAGGGCUAACACCUUUGUGGCGGAAGUGCUUGGAGUUGAUCCAAGAGAAGUCAAUGUUCCAGUUGUUGGCGGGCAUGCAGGGGUCACUAUAUUACCCCUCCUGUCACAGGUCAGCCCCCCAUGCUCAUUCACUCCAGAUGAAAUCAGCUAUUUGACUAACCGCAUUCAGAACGGUGGUACAGAAGUUGUGGAGGCAAAGGCUGGAGCAGGCUCUGCAACUUUGUCAAUGGCUUUUGCUGCUGCAAAAUUCGCUGACGCAUGCCUGCGAGGAAUGCGCGGUGAUGCUGGCAUCGUGGAGUGUUCAUAUGUUGCAUCUGAGGUGACAGAGCUGUCGUUCUUCGCAUCGAAAGUGAGGUUAGGUCGCGGUGGAGCCGAGGAGAUCCUCCCUCUUGGGCCGCUGAAUGACUUCGAGAGGGCUGGCCUGGAGAAGGCGAAGAAGGAGCUGAGCGAGAGCAUUCAGAAGGGCGUGUCGUUCAUGAACAAGUGAGACCGUACGAACGAACCGUCCCCGACCUAUACAAUACAAUACAUAUAGAUUUGCAAAGACUAAAGAACGAGUGUGAUAUAGUGCUCCAAUACCUGUGACCUGUAAAGCCACUCUGCAUGUGCAAGACAGUACUAGUACUACACCUUUAGCUGCACUGAGCCUUUUCCCCGAUCGUGGAAUAUAAAUCAUGUAGACAAGAACAUAUAUUCUUGUGAAUAGCUGGACCGAACAUGUUUACAGCCUCA